AUGGAGAGUGGUCUGAAAUUGUCAGCCAAGUCUGAUUGUCCUCUUGUAGAUGAAACACAAUUCAGGCAACUAGUGGGUAGUCUCAUCUAUCUCACUAACACUAGACUUGACCUCAAUUUUGCAGUGAGCUACAUCUCACGCUUCAUGACGGCCCCCAGGGCUGAUCAUUGGGUAGCAGCGAAGCGUGUCUUGUGCUAUGUGAAAGGCACCUCGGGUUAUGGACUUCUUUAUAGUAGGAGUGAUGAUCCUCGACUCAGUGGGUUCAUAGAUUCAGAUUGGGCAGGUUCAGUUGAUGAUAGGAAAUCAACCUCUGGAUAUGCAUUCAGUAUGGGAUCUGGUGCACUCACUUGGACUAGUAAGAAGCAGCAGGCAAUGACUCUCUCUUCGAUAGAAGCAGAGUAUAGAGGAGCUGUUAAGGCAACUUGUGAGGUAGUUUGGCUUCGCCGUAAUCUUUUCUCUAAUGAAUUCUCACAUGGUCUCAAAGAACUCUAA